AUGGCGGUUGGAUAUCUUCUUUGUCGCCGUCCUUCUUGCCUGCCUUUAUACCGAUCCUAUUCCGGUCCUGCUUUUUACAUUCUCACCGAAUUCUUCAAUCCCCAACAACUGCACAUGGUCGCAGUAGUCGAGGGCUUGCGUUGGUGUCGAGAAUUCGGCCACUUUUCCUCCUAUGCCACGACGAUUGUAACCUCAACUCUGGCUCUGCGCACUGCCUUAGCUGGUCCCCUUUACACAUUUACGGAGAAGAACCAGGCUCUCAUCGCAUCAGCUCAUUACGAAAGCUCUUUGGUGGCGUCGAGUCCUCGCUAUGCUGUUCGCCAGAAAAACGGAAUGGUUGACACCAGACUACAGAAUUCACUGGUAGGGGAGGCAAUUAUCCCCCUCUUUCUUGAUCGACGUCUCUUAAUAGAUUGGCCUCCGAUGAUACCUGAAUUCGUGGCCGAAGGCCUCACUUCCCCAACCACCUCUCUGGGUCUAAUCGCGUUGACAGCCAUUGUCACUACGCUUAACGUCGAGAUCGGCCACUUACGACGUGUUUACGGGUUCGCAACAGCUCGGUCGAUGCCUGCAGACUCUCAAGGCGCCGCCCCCAAGUCAAUUUCUGUCGUGGUGCCCCCGCGACUGCCUUGGCAACUGAAAUUCGCUCAUGGUGUCUGUGGGCUUGGUGCGUUCCUACUCACGACCGUCUCGUUCGUCGCACCGUCCGCCCUCGUAAUUUUCUGGUGCACUUCGGCCUCCCAUCAACUGAUCCUCCACCUGCUUCACCUCAGUCCACGCGUUCGAGCCUUCCUGGGCAUUGUUAGCACCCCCAUCGAUGCGAAGCACCCCUACCAGGCGCUCUGGGCCGUUGCCAAACGCCACUACCGCCUUCUCCGGUGGCUUAGCUCCACGUAG